AUGGGAGCUGUGAGGAGAACGAAGACGAAGCGCAGGACUAGGUAUGAUGAAUUUUUUCUUUCUAGAGACUAUGACCAGGUCCGCGCGGAUGUCGAAAGCGCAAAGCACCUUUCGCAAUACAAGGCGACACAGGAUCCCGAAGACCUCCCCGGCCUAGGGAGGCAUUACUGCGUCGAAUGCGCCAAAUGGUUUGAGAGCGAUUACAACCUGGUGGCGCAUAGGAAAGGCAAAAAUCACAAAAGAAGGGUUCGUCUGCUCCGUGAAGAACCGCACUCCCAGAAGAUUGCCGAAGCUGCUGUAGGCUUGACCACCGAUAAUGGUGAGCGCCCGCAGGAGGGUGAUAAUAUGGCCAUGGAUAACUAG